AUGGUUGAAACGAGUCAGAUCAAAACGAGUCACGUUGAAACGAGUGCAACUGAAACGAGUCAGACUGGCAAGGGUGGCGGCGCUGGGAGCAAGAGAGCAGCCGUUGCGGCUGCUGUGAGAAGAGCCGCUGCUCUGGUGGGUACUGUGCCCGUUAAACUAAAGGAAACUGCUGCUCCGAUAAAAGAGGUGCCUGGUAGGCUGAAAAGAGCUGCUGGCGUGGCUGCUGAGGCACCUAGAGCGUUGACAAAGGCCGCUGGUGAAGUAGGUCGCAAGGCAGGGCAGAGGCUGACUCAGCUGCCGGAUUCUGUCUUUGACUUGGGUCAACGCGCUGGUCAACGGGUCAAAGGCAGGCUGGGAGACCUGGGAGGUCCCAAGGCAGGGCAAAAGCUGAGCCAGCUGCCGGAUGCUGUCUUUGACUUGGGUCAACGCACUGGUCAACGGGUCAAAGGCAGGCUGGCAGACAUGGCAAUUCACAAGGCUGGGCAGAAUUCGGGUCAACUGCCGUUUUCUGAUAUCAACUUGAGUCAACUGCCGGAUUCUGUCUUUGACUUGGGUCAACGCACUGGUCAACACGUGAAAGGCAGGCUGAGGGAUCAGGCUGCAACCACUGCCGCUGCCGCUGCUGCUGCGGCGGCUGCUGCUGCUGCUCGUGGGGGGUUGGUGGUGGGUUCUGUUGGCGGCAGUGCUGCCUUUGCUCGUCAGAUUGCUAGGAGAAGUUACGCUGCUGAUGGUGGCGCCGCUGCUACUGUGGUGGUGGUGGGAUGUGAUGGGUAUGCCACUGCAGAAGUGGCUGCCAGUGGUGAUGUUCCUGUGUGUGGGGAUGAUUGUAUAGCAAGUGGUUGUAAUGGGGUAGAGAGUGGUGCUGCUGGGGAGAAGGAUGGGGAUUAUAGCGAGGGGAGGCUUGUUGCCAAGGCUGGUGGUGUGACUGAAGGCAGAGGUGCUACAAUGGAGGACCCACCUGACCCUACCGGACACUCCCAGGAGGUAAAGAGACCAAGGAUGGAAGAGGAGGAGGAGGGGGGAAACAGAAAAGCCGAAGGGGUGAGGGAAGAGGAGGGGGGCGAGAAGAAACGAUCAGGGGUGCAGCAGCUGCAGCAGCUGCAGCAGUGGUGGGCGUCGAUACUAGCAGCAUGUGCCACUGCUCUCAAAGAGACAGUGGGGAAACAGCUAGCAGGGGGGGUGAUGACCCAUGCUGCCCGGUGGUUGGCUGCUGGAAUCACUGCAGUAGCGCGGGGCAUAUCGGAGGAGACAGUGAGGGAGGCUUUGGAAGGGCUGCAGCCGCUGCCUGCUGUGGUGUCCAAGGUGACUGGUGCCGCGGAGGUUGUGCUGACUGCACGACAGUAUGUGGACAGGAUGGUGAGUGAUGCACGGGUGCUGGAAGGCAGGCAGGUGAUGGAAGCUCACCGGAAGCUUCUGGCGGAGAUUGAGGAGAUCUACGGCGUGCCGGCCAAUGUGAUGACUGCGCUGUGGGGCAUAGAGAGCAGCUAUGGGAAGAACAUGGGCAAGUGGGAUGCCGUUCAAGCUCUGCUCACCCUCGCAUAUCGUACGAAGCAGCCUCGCCGCGCCGCAUUCUUCCGGGAAGAGCUAAUGGAAGCGCUGUCUAUCCUUGAGAACAACCACGGGCCUCCCGUAGCAAUCCAGAGCCUUCCUGCUGCUGCUGCUGCUGAUACAGCUGCAAGCGCAGUGGGAGAGAGGAGGGUGCGGCUGCUAGGGUCGUAUGCAGGGGCCAUGGGGCAGUGCCAGUUCAUGCCGUCGUCCUUCAAGGCCUAUGCUGUUGACUAUGAUGGAGAUGGGAGAAGAGAUAUUUGGACUUCCAUUCCCGACGUGCUCGCAUCAAUGGCAAACUACCUCAAGUGCAACCGGUGGAAACGAGGGGGGCCAGUGGGGGUUGAGGUGGUCCUGCCCCCCGACUUCCCGCCUUCGCUCUUAAAGCCCGCCGUGAAACUCACAGUGGCGGAGUGGCAGCAGAAGCACGGAGUCAGAAUUGCUGAUGGAAGUAAUGCCACCGGUCGGAACGUUCCGAGUAGUGGAAGCAAUGAAAGCAAUGAAAGCGAUGAAAGCGAUGGAAGGGAUGGAAGCAGUGCAAGUGCUGCCACGAAUCUGCCUCCUGACAUAAUCGCCAACCUCAUCGCACCUGACGGUCCAGCUGGCGUCGCUUACCUGGCAUGCCACAACUUCCACGUCAUCCUGCGCUACAACCCCGCCAAGCUGUACGGCCUGGCCAUUGCUGAGCUGGCACGCAGACUGGGGUAA